AUGACAUUUGGAUCGUUUGAUACCAUAUGUACCAAGGCCGCGUUCCCCCUCUGUUCACUUGUGGGGACUGUGGAUGAAAGCUCUGUCUUUAACAAGGGGAUUAUUCCUGAAUGUUACGCGAGAUCAGUGGAGAUUGCAAACACAAUGAUCUUUCAAGUUGGGAAUGCCUUUGUACACUUUGGGUCCUUGUUGAUCUUGUUGAUGAUUGUGUUCAAUGUCCGUGCCAAGUAUACCGCUAUUGGCCGUAAGGAGAUGUUGUUCUUCUUUUAUCUUUGCAUUUGUCUUGUGAUCAGUUCAUUGGUGGUGGAUUGCGGUGUUUCUCCAGCUAGUUCAUCUUCAUACGCUUACUUUGUCCUGUUACAACUUGGAUUUGCAUCUGCUACUUGCAUAUGUAUCUUGUACAACGGGAUCUUGUGUUUCCAAUUUUGGGAAGAUGGAUCAAGAAAGUCCAUGUGGAUCUUAAGAUUCAUUUCAUUUGCAUGGUUUGCGAUAAAUUUCAUCAUUUCUCUCUUUACAUUCAAAGGCUUUGGAAGUUCUUUGAAUAACCGGUCCACUGAAGCCAUGUUUAUUGUUACCUUUAUCAUCAAUGCCGUGUUGGUGGCGGCUUACGUGGUGGUCCUGGUAGUGUUGGUGAUCUUUGCCUUGGAUCUGUACUGGCCAUUGGGUGCCAUCUGUUUGGAGGUGUUUUUCUUUGCUGCAGGUCAAAUUUUAUCAUAUGGAUUCAGUAAAGAGAUUUGUAAUGGAUGUAAACAUUACAUUGAUGGAUUAUUUUUUGGAUCUUUAUGUAAUAUUUUUGCCAUCAUGAUGAUUUACAAAUUUUGGGAUAUGAUUACAAGUGAUGAUUUAGAAUUUUCAGUUGCAAAUGUUGAACAAGGUGUCAAUCAUUUCCAAGAAGAUGAAAAGAGAAAUAGCAUGUUAUUCCAAUAG